UCUCUUUAUUUCCGCCGCCGUUCAGCUCAACCCUUAACUUCACUCCUCAACUCUGUCUCACGCCUUGACUGCGACACCAUCGGCCCUUAGCUGGAGUCUUUUGCGUCUCCGACCCUCAGCUUCUCACACCCUGACACUCUUAGUCGCGUGAGCCAAUCUCCAGCUAUCCGCUUUCCGGGUUCCAGUCAACCAUUUGAGACUCUACUUAAAACGGUUGAGAGGAGUCCAGACUUCCAUUAGUUCCAGUUCAGAUUGAACAAGAUGAAAUCAAUUCAUGUGUUGAUGAAGCAUUUGAAAGGAGAAAUUGGAUUGCCAAUGAUCCUUUGCACGUUGACUUGGGAGACAUAAUUGAGAAAGGACACUCGGAUGAUGGCACAAGUGGUGGUGAUGAGCCUUUGGAGGUAUAUGAAUCGCUGGAAACACCACUAGUGUCCACUGCAUGUAGCCUUGAUGGUAAUUCCACUUGUCAAAAAGAAAAAGAUCCUCCACAGGUAGAAUUGAAACUUUUACCAACAAAUUUGAGCUUUUCAAAAUGGCCCCCAAAUCAAGAGCAUCAAGCAAACGGCAAAGAGGGGAGACAUCUCAGGCUAGAGAGCAACCCCAAGCCCCAACAUUUGAGCGGUUCCAAACCGCCGAAGCUUUUGGCAGAUAUCAAAGACUGAUGUCCACAAGGUCGAUUAGACAAGAGAGGGGCUUGGAAAUUGAGGUUCCCGCGAGAUGGAAUUGGGGACCUCGAUUUUUGGCUCAGCCAGGAGAUGCAUUUGGCACUGUGGUCCGUGAGUUCUAUGCCAAUGCUAAAGAUGGACUUCAAAACAAUGUAUGCAUUGUCAGGGGUGUUCAAGUGGAUUUCUCCUGUGCGGCCAUCAAUGCAUAUUAUGGUACCAUUGAUCACCAUGGGGAUGAUUAUUAUCACAGGGACUUGAGUGUUGGCAUGAUAAGUAGGGUCUGGCUGAAUAAUAUUGCCCUCUCUUUUAACCCAGCUGCUGAAUGGAACAUCAGGAGCGGUCUGGCCUCUCACAUGGAUUACAAAUACUUUCAACCUUCUGACCGGGCUAUCCUUGAUUUCAUUAAAGCUAAGCUCAUCCCUCACUCGCAUAAAGGCAAUGUCCGCAGAGAUCAGGUCCUUUUGGCCUAUUGCAUCAAGGAGCACAAGACUAUUGACAUAGGGGCCAUCAUAAAUAGAAACAUCCGAGAGACUGCUGAUGUGAAAGGGCGGGUCUACCUUGGCCACUCUUACCUCAUCACACACCUUUGUCAGUUGGCAGGAGUGCCUAUCGAUGAGAGCCAGGAAGCUCGAGUUCUACCGCAAUCUUAUCUUUCCCAGCAGUACAUUGCCACCCGAUAUAGACUUGGUCAGCCCCCUGCCAAUGGGGAUGAUGAUGAUGGGAUGGAGUUAUGAGGAAUGAUCAAAAUGCCCCUCAGCUUGUUGCACCUGCCUCAGCCCAGCCUUAUGCCAUGCGGGAUUUUAUGAGGCAAUUCCAAGAAGAAAUAAGGCUACAACAAGAAGAGAGGAGGCAACAACAAGAAUUCCGGAGGAUGAGUCACGAAGUUGAUUGGUUUGUGGGUACGUCCGUGCACCAGCAAAACCAAGCACUCCUUGGUUUCACUCCUCAAUUUCCACCACCACCACCUUGGCUUCAAGAUCCUCAAUUCAUUCCAGAGUUCUACCGAGGCCAUUACCCACCACCACCGCCCCCGGAUGCCCAUCCCCAAUAGCAGGUUUAGGGAUAUCCUUCAAUAUCUUUCCCCUUAUUUAUUUUGUUACAUUGGGACAAUGUAACUCUCUAAGUGUGGGGGGAAGGAUUGAAGUAUUUUUCCUUAUGUUUUUGCUUUUUCAUUGCUUUGUUAUUUAGUCUUGCUUUUCUUUUUGUUGUUUAGUAUUUAGUUUUGAUAAUUACCUUUCACCCAUAACUUCCAUCCCUUAGGUUUUUGAAAAAUCUGUGCUUUAAUUGUUCAAACAUGUGCUCUUUAGAUUACUAGUACCCCACUUGAGUGUUUGCUUGGAUGAUUCAUGUCCCAUUUGGUUGAUGAAUUAUUUGUCAUAGCACUAUUGCUCUCUCAUGUUGGUUAGUGGUUUGUUUUGGUAGAACUUGCUGCAUCUCAAUGCGCCAUGGGUGAAAUCAAAGUGUAACACAUGAUUGAACUAUUCCUUUGUCAAUAUUCUUGUUAACCAUUUAAUAAUUGGACUAAAUUCUUAAUCUAGUGGUUAGUGCAUUGCUAGUGAAAGAUUAUGUGGAAUUCUGGCAAUGGUUGGCUUACUAGAACUUGUCUCAAUACUCCUCAGGUGUAGUCUGAUUUUUGCAUGUUUACCUCAGGUGUAGUCUGAUUUUUGCAUGUUUAGAAGUGAUUUAGGCCAUUUUUUGAAUACCCAAAGCCUUUAAACCUGCUCAACUCAUAUGUGUUUAUCCCUUGUGUCCCCUUUGAGCCUUUUUCAUUGUUAAAUAAGUGUUAAGCACUUAAUCUCCUCUUUGUGAUUUUCUUUGUUUAACCCUCAUCAUUGACCCUUUAGCUUUUAGCCAAAUUCAUAUCUUUUCACCCUUGAGAGAAUGUUGCUUUUAUUUUUGAUAAUCUUGCAGAAGAGAUUUCAAUAGAGCUUAUACCUAAAAGCAAUCUUUGAUAGAAAAGUUAAUGUGUGUGGGUCUUAAUCGUUUGUAAGAAGUUCGUUUCUUGUUUAGUUUGCUUCAUUCCAAUGAAAAGUUAAAAAAAAAAAAAAAGCUAGUUUACAAUCUUGUUUGGUUGAAUGUUUGAAUUAGACCCCCAUUUCAUUUGAGUUUUGCGCCAUUUCUGAGUUGCUUUUUGCUGCCUGGAUCAAUUUAUCUCUUCUAGGAUUUAACGAUGAUAGAUAAUUGUGUUAUUCUCUCUUUUUUUGGUAAUAUUCUAUACCCUUUCUUUGUUUACCCUUGACCCUUAGCCCCAUUACAAGCUAAAUGAAGACCUAUUUGAUCUUUGCAUGCAAACUUUAGGUCUAUACUAUGAGGAGUAUGAAGGGCAAGCUUAUAGAAUGUUUUUCUGAUGUCAAGUUUUGCAUAAACCUAACUGAGUAUAAGUGCACACUAGAUUUCUCACUACUAAUAAUCUUGGCGCUUGGAUAUUGGCUUGAGAAUGGAUCUUGUGUGCCAAACUGAGAUGAUUUUUGAAGUAUGUUAUUUUGUAGCAAGUUAGUUUGUGGUAUGCAGGUUGUGCAUGAGAGAGUGGGGUGAUUUUUGUGCUUGACUUGUGAUUUAUUAAAUUGUUUUGCUUGAGGACAAAAGUGUGGUGGAUGAUAUAAUCUCAUUUGUACAUGUUUUUUUUGGUAACUUGAAUCAAUUUGAAGGCUUAAGUUCAUUAGAUUGUCAUGUUCAAUACCUAUUUUCUUUGCUUUCUCAUUAGCAUAUGGUUUUAGACUUUGCUUUGAAUGUUUUUAAAUGUUUGGUAGUGUUUUUAAUCCAUUGUAGGACAAGUGCAAAAGUAAGAGAGGUCUUUCAAGCAUAAGUGGAGCCAAAAUGAAGUGGAAUUGAAGGCAUCGUAGGUUCGACGCUUCGAGCCUAGGGCUCGACACGUCCAAAAUUUCCAGCAACCAAGUCAGAAACCUGAUCGAAGGUUUGACGCGUUGAAAAAUUUCGGUACGUGGCCCUGAGGACGACAUUGAAGGCUCGAUGCGUCGAGAUCGCGUAUUCCAGAAUCCUUCUUUGGUGCCGAAGUCUCCUAAUUUACCCCCAUUUGGUUCUUGGUAUAAAAGGACUACCUUCCAUCAACCCUAGGAAGUCAGGCUGCGUUUUUGGAGGCAAAAAUAGAGCAAAAAGCAAGAAGAACCACAUCAAGAACAACAAUUGGUUUUGGAGUAGAGAAAUCGCUAGGAAAAUUUGGGAGAGUUCGUUCUCUUUUUCUUUUACUUCAAUAGUUGAUAGUUGAUAGUGAAUUCUCUGAAAUGUAUUGAAUGCUGUUAUGGCCGAGUGGCUAAAACACUUUGGAAAUUUUUGGUCGAAAGUGUUUAUGAAUCUAUGUGCCUAGAGCUUAAUUUCAUUAAUAUAUUUACAUUUAGAUUUA